UCCAAAUUCUACCAGCGCUAUAGUGAAGAUAUACAACAACAGAUUAUCAGAGAAACAUUCCACUUAGUAUCAAAACGUGAUGAAAAUGUUUGUAAUUUCUUAGAAGGAGGCUUAUUAAUAGGUGGAUCUGACAACAAAUUGAUAUAUCGCCAUUAUGCUACAUUGUACUUUGUUUUCUGCGUUGAUUCUUCAGAAAGUGAACUUGGGAUUCUAGAUCUAAUACAAGUUUUUGUAGAAACUUUAGACAAGUGUUUUGAGAAUGUCUGUGAACUGGAUUUAAUUUUCCAUGUGGAUAAGGUUCAUAAUAUCCUGGCUGAAAUGGUGAUGGGUGGAAUGGUUUUGGAGACCAACAUGAAUGAAAUAGUCACCCAAAUUGAUGCUCAAAAUAAACUGGAAAAAUCUGAGGCUGGUUUAGCAGGAGCCCCAGCCCGGGCUGUGUCAGCUGUAAAGAAUAUGAAUCUUCCUGAGAUCCCAAGAAAUAUUAAUAUUGGUGACAUCAGUAUAAAAGUGCCAAACUUGCCCUCUUUUAAAUAAUUUGUGCACUCCAGGUAAAAAAUGAAAAAUACUAGCUGCUCACAAAUGUUUACCAAACCAAUGUUUUGUUAAUUGAAUAAAAGAUCAGCAUACUCCAUAGAAAUCUUCUGCAGUAAAACUGUGAAAUUGUGUUUUGCUUAGUAAAUUUAAAAGAAGUGGUUCUUUUGUGAAUUCUAAAUAAUAUUUCAAUGUCCUUUUAAAAUAUAUCAAAUGUAAAAUAUAUAAUUUUCUGGAAAAGAAUUCAGAAUAUUUAUUUACUUUGUAUAACCUCUUUUUGUAUAGAGUUUAGUCUUAAACUCUAUACUGUAACUAGUACAACAAUCCUAAUCAUAUUUCUUCGUCUGAUGUGUUGCAUGACAACAUUCAACUGUUGUAUUUUCUUUUGCUUUUUGAAUAAAUUAUCAUGAAUUGUAUUGGAAAAAAAAAAA